GGGAUGGGCGUGUGACCGUACCAGUUCCAUAGUAGACUUAUCAGGAUUUGAAGAAACGCGCUAGCUUUCUGGAUCUCGUAACAUAAGCUUCAGCAUGAACCAGCUUAAAAUUUUGAGCAUUUCCGUGGUGAUUUUUGUGUUGACGAGCAUUGUAGGAUCGUCCAAAACAGACGCUGAAAAAGAGGACAACAUAGCAGCAGCUACUGGUUACGGCGGUGGCGGAGGCAACGGACUUGUAAGAACUCAAUUUCACGAACAAGGUAUUCAAGGACCUCAUUCUUACCGUUUCGGCUACGAUACUGCUGAUCUUUACAAUCCUCAAAGCCGCUACGAAGAACGAGAUGGAUACGGAAACGUCAUAGGUUACUACAGUUACGUUGAUCCUUACGGCAAGCUACAAAUAGUAGAGUAUCAGGCUCAUCCCAAAUUUGGCUUCCGUGCCAAAGGAAGUUUCGGGGUAUUUCCACGAGGUGGACACUGAAGUAAAAACUAUAAUUAGAACAUGAAGAAACCUACGCUAAACUUUGUCUCCAAGCUUUGGUGCUAUACGAAGGCAGUGGAAGGAUAAGGCAGUUGAAUAAACCAGGAAAAAAGGCUUUUUGUUUUAAGCGCAACGUUCGCUUUUGCAUAUUGUUACUCUUUUUGUUUGUUUGUUUGUUUGUUUGACAUUUUAAACAGGUUAAAGAAAUAAAAAACGAUAAAAUAAAACAAAAUACUGAUAUACAUAUAUAUUCACACAUCUCUGCAAGCACAUUCAUUUUUAAAAAUCAGCACACACAGCUGGUGUAUAUUAG